CCGACACAUCUUUGUCAGUGAACAAAAUGGCAACCUACUGUCUCACUGUCGCCCGGCUCCAGCUGGCUCUGGGCCAUGGUGUACGGCGCCUGCAUGUAUCAGCAGCCUACAGAGCCAAGGCCAAUGUGUCUAUGAGCCGCUUCGAGCCAUCUUCCUUCGUCAACUACGAGAGGCUUCAAUCCAACGUAGACAUUGUGCGAAAAAGACUCAACCGCCCCCUUACCCUCUCAGAGAAGAUCGUGUACGGCCACCUCGAUGACCCCCACAAUCAAGAGAUCGACCGCGGCCGCACUUACCUGCGACUGCGUCCCGACCGUGUGGCCAUGCAAGAUGCCACGGCCCAGAUGGCGAUGCUCCAGUUCAUCAGCAGCGGCCUGCCCAAGGUGGCUGUGCCCUCCACUAUCCACUGUGAUCACCUGAUCGAGGCCCAGACCGGAGGAGUCAAGGAUCUGGCCCGAGCAAAGGAAAUCAACCAGGAAGUCUACAACUUCCUGGCAAGCGCUGGAGCAAAAUAUGGAGUAGGCUUCUGGAAACCAGGCUCUGGAAUCAUCCAUCAGAUCAUCCUGGAGAACUAUGCCUACCCAGGAGUGAUGCUCAUUGGCACAGACUCCCACACACCAAAUGGUGGUGGGCUUGGUGCCAUCUGCAUCGGUGUCGGAGGAGCAGAUGCUGUAGAUGUCAUGGCAGGAAUCCCCUGGGAGCUCAAGUGUCCCAAGGUGAUUGGCGUGAAGCUGACAGGCACCCUCUCAGGCUGGACGUCUCCUAAAGAUAUCAUCUUGAAGGUGGCCGGCAUCCUGACUGUGAAGGGAGGAACUGGGGCCAUUGUUGAAUACCACGGACCAGGAGUUGACUCCAUUUCAUGCACAGGAAUGGCGACCAUUUGCAACAUGGGAGCAGAAAUUGGAGCCACAACCUCUGUGUUCCCAUACAACCACCGCAUGCGGACCUACCUGGAGAAGACUGGACGUGCAGAGAUCGCUAGCCUGUCUGACGAAUACUCAGACUUGUUGGUACCAGAUGAAGGAUGCGAGUACGACGAGCUCAUCGAGCUCAAUCUGGAUGAGCUGAAGCCCCACAUCAACGGACCCUUCACCCCUGACCUGGCUCACCCAGUGGCUGAUGUAGGUGCUGUCGCUGAGAAGAACGGCUGGCCGCUGGAGGUUAAAGUUGGUCUAAUUGGCAGCUGUACCAACUCCAGCUAUGAGGACAUGGGCCGUGCAGCCUCUGUGGCCAAGCAAGCAUUGGAUAAAGGCCUGAAGUGCAAAGCUCAGUUCACAGUCACCCCCGGCUCUGAGCAGAUUCGUGCCACCAUUGAAAGAGAUGGAUAUUCAAAGAUCCUCGGUGAUGUUGGAGGUGUGGUCAUGGCCAACGCGUGUGGCCCCUGCAUUGGGCAGUGGGACAGGCGUGAUGUGAAAAAGGGAGAGAAGAACACCAUCGUCACUUCCUUCAAUAGGAACUUCACUGCCAGGAAUGACGCUAACCCUGCAACACACGCCUUUGUUACUUCCCCUGAGAUCGUCACUGCCCUGGCAAUUGCUGGAACACUGAACUUCAACCCAGAGACAGAUUACCUUACAGCCCCCAACGGUGAGAAGUUCAAGCUGGAUCCCCCCUACGGAGACGAGCUACCUCUCAAGGACUUUGACCCUGGCCAGGACACCUACCAGCACCCGCCUGCCGAUGGUGGUAGCCUCAAGGUGGACGUCAGCCCAGAGAGCAACCGUCUCCAGCUGCUGGAGCCCUUUGACAAGUGGAGUGGGAAUGAUCUGAAGGACCUGAAGGUCCUCAUCAAGGUGAAGGGCAAAUGCACCACAGAUCACAUCAGUGCUGCUGGACCUUGGCUGAAGUUCCGCGGCCACCUGGACAACAUCUCCAACAACAUGCUGAUUGGUGCCGUCAACAGCGAGAACGAUGCCAUCAACAAGAUCAAGAACCACCUGACGGGCGACUAUGGUGGUGUCCCUGACGUUGCCCGUCACUACAAGGCCAACAGUGUUUCCUGGGUGGUGGUUGGAGAUGACAACUACGGUGAGGGCUCCAGCAGAGAGCAUGCUGCACUGGAGCCCAGGCAUCUGGGAGGAAGAGCCAUCAUUGUCAAGAGCUUCGCCAGAAUUCAUGAAACCAACCUGAAGAAGCAGGGUCUGCUGCCUCUGACCUUCGACAACCCAUCAGACUACGACAAGAUCCGCCCUGAUGACCACAUCACCAUCCAAGGACUCAAAACCUUCGCUCCAGGAAAGCCUCUGAGCGCACUCGUAAAGCACAGCGACGGCAGCGAGGAGACCAUCGUACUGAACCACACCUUCAACGAGACACAGAUCGAAUGGUUCAAGGCAGGCUCCGCCCUCAACAGGAUGAAGGAGCUGCAGCAUUGAAGAAGAAGAGGAGGAGGACUGGGUAGACAAAAUGUGGUGGGAGGAUUUUCAGGGGGAAAACAGGGUGGUGAGGAUUGUGGGUAAGAAGAGGGAUGAAGAAUGUUAAUGAUUGUUCCUUCAUCUGCAUUUGCACACAGUUUAGACUGAAGUAACGUGUCGGUUAUACCUCAGAGAUGCCAGUAGAUUGCCUCAGACUAAGUGCCAAGCUAAUGUUGAUGAAGGAACAAUAACAACUGGUCUGUGGUCAGAUUUCUCAAGCCUUCAUUUGUCAGUACAUAGCUUUCGUGAAGGUACUAUAUGCUGCUAUGUUUCAUAGUCAAACAGUGAUAACAAGUUAGACAUCAGAGUCUGUUGUAAACACAUACACACACACUUUGACACACUAAGCUUUGACCCAAACAGUGACAUGAUAUCCAGCCAGCUGAUGUGCUGCCGGUGUUUCUGCAGCUGUUCAAACAGAUUGAGUGCAGCCUGGAGCUCAGCCAGCUGAUCACACUCCAUCACCUUGUUGCUUUAGGAUUGUGUUACACACUGCAUGGCAACAGUAACAAGCUUUAGUCGACUUUUUCCCAUUCACUCUGAACAGAUGAACAUUGAUGUUGGUUGGGUCCAUUUGUCAUUAAAUGUAGUGUUAUUUGCUAUGAACACAUGGAUCCAAAAGGAACUUGAUGGCACACUCAUUCAUUCACUCACUCUCUCACAUCCUUGUCUUCCCCCCAGUGGCCAUGAGGAGAUACUGUUGAGUGUACAAGACACAGUAGCUCGCUGGAUUGAUCAAAAUUACCGCUUUGAUGCAGGUGUCUUUCUAUGGAUUGUUUGAAAUGCAUUCUGGGUAACAGGAAAUGACAUAAGUACGUGAGGCAGUUUGAGAACAGGUGGUUUUCAACCUAAAACUAAAUUAAACUCACAUAGCGUAACUUGAUUACUGUAUAUAUGACAGUGAGAGCAUUUAGGGGUCAAUUUUUUGCAUCCGUCUGUAAGGAAAUCAUGAUUUUUAUCCAUCACAGCACAUAUUCAGUCAGUGUGACAAAAGGUUGCAGAGAACCACUGCAGAUCAUAUACAGAAAGACUUUUAUGCUUUAAUACUCUGAUAUUACAGUAACAAAAAACCCUCUUCUUCCUCAACAUCACCACCACCAUUUUUAAACUGCCUUCCUGAUCAGUCCUAACCUCUUCACAAGGUCAAACGCAUCAUAUGGUUUUUCCCAUUGUUUAUUUAUUUAUACUUUUUUCCUGCAAAAGGUUCAGUUCUUGUGUGUAUUUUGCAUUAAAUAUUUUGUUCAAAAUCAGAUUUCCUCCUUUUGAACAGGGUAAACUUUCCUCUUUCAUCCCAUAUUCUCAGUGCCCUUCUUGGAGGGUAACGAGUGACUUUUAAACAAAUGAACUGAAAUUGUAUUUCACACUCAAUUCUACUGUGAACAAUGUAGAAGAGCUGAAAACUGAUGUGAUGCUGUGUAUUACCACUUGCUAUAAUUGAGCAAUGUGGCCACUCAGAAGAAACCGAGGUUACCUUGUCAGCCGGUUUUGGUCCUCUUCGGGUAUAAUUAACUGAAUUUCACUCCAAAUCCUCAACAUUGAGGAUCAGUACUUCAGAUCAGAUGAUCAAUAUAAUGUUUAGAAGAAGAAGUUAAUCACAUGAAGUGAAGUUAUACCACUUUCUUCCUCUAACCCACUGUAUGUAAAGUGUCUGGUUCCAUGUACAUUUAAGUGUUUGUGUUUUUUUCUUUUUCUCCCAGAUUAUCUUUUCUGUGUUACAGAAAUGCCAAUGGGUUGUAAAAUAAAAAUUCACAGAUCUCAUUUAUUUA